AUGAGUAUUAUACCUUCUUGCCAGGUUUCGUUGCUGGUUGCGGAGGAUUAUGCAAUGAUUCAAGGAAAGGUACAAAACAUACCAUCGCUCAGGAAAUCCCAAGUAGGAAGAAGUGCAUACCCUGGUAACAAGGCUUACUUGGUUGUUUUCGAAAGGGCCGUCCUCCUGACUACAUUAGAGGAGGAUAAGAGAGGUAACCGCACGUACCGCACCCUAGAGUGCUGUAACAAGAAUUAUGUUGACGUAGAUGUGCUAACAAAGAAUUCAUCUACGCGUCCACACACUUUUGUUCUGUAUUUCUACAAGCCCAUUGAGCUAUCUAAUUCAUAUUCAUCUACCCAAUACAUACUCGCCCUCAUCGGCGACGAAAUUCAAAAUGGGCCAAUAAUGUCUGAUUGGUUGAAAGCUAUAAAAGUUCCAGAGGGUGGUGGCAUCUAUGCAACAUGGAGUAGGCCAAGAUACACAAUAAGUCAACGAUAUGUUGCUCAAAAGGACGACAUUAUCUUUAAAGUCGGCGAUGAAAUCGAGGUGAUUGAAGAUCCAGACGAUCAAAAAUUUGGUUGGUGUUACGUGGAACGGUCACAUGACAGUAGAAAAGGUUGGAUACCUAAAUCAAAUUUGGGUAUCCAGCAAGCAAACGAGUACAAGACAGCCUUAGAUUUGAAGCAGCAAAAAAGGCUAGAAAGGCAAAACGAUGGAGAAGAAAUAAAAAAAGUAAAGAAAAAUCGACGAAAGACAUCGGCAUUUUAGCAAGUCAUCAGCGUAUGUAUC